AUGGUUGGACUAAUGCUUUUUUACCAGCAUCUUAUCGAAUUCAUCCAAAAUUUAGAAGACUUACUUGUAAAUACUAUUAAUCAUCACAUUUAGAAUGUAAUUUUGAAAGAGGUUGUGCUGAAUGUGAUCCCUAUAACGCUAAUAGAUGCACAGUAUAUUAUUAUCCUGUUCCAUAUUCUUUUGAAAUUGAAGGCUGCUUAUCAUACUAACUCACUAGUUUUAGCUGUCUUAUAUAGUGCUCGCCUUAUUAAUCAUUUGACUAAUAAUGGGGUUCUUACACUUAUGAUAUUGCGAAUUGCUAGAUUAGUGAAAAUGGUGUGGUGCUUAGUUUGCUUGCUUGCCAUGAUGGUUAUAUUUCGACUUCAAAUCCAAAAACAUGUUCUUAAACUUGCCAAAUUGGAUUUUAUGGAAAUCCUUAAUACAAUCUUAGAUCAGGAAGAAUAAUCAGUUGGAACAUGCUAGCAAAAAUCUUCGGAAAGCUAUGAAGAUACAAUUUAUGUUGGUUCUAUUGGAAGAUUGAAUACAAGAGAUAACAGUUUAAUCGAUGGCUCGAUUAAUAAUUAUUUCAAUUCGAUUCAAGAUGCAAUUAAGAAAGCAUAUGAACUAGGAGCACCGUAUCAAUCUGCUUAAAUAACUAUCUUAUUAUUAGAUGGGACUCAUGCAAUGGUUAGGUAUUAUCCUUUAGACUUUUACAUGCCUACUAACUUGGACUAAUUUUCAAAGACAACAAAAAUAAUUUUACAACCUGCUAACCCAGAUUAAUAAUUGACUAUAAAUUACAAACUCAGGGAUACAUUCCACUUUAUAGUCGGUGCUGGAUUGACCAUUAAGAAUUUGAUUUUUGAUGCUAUUGAUUCUAGUAUAGAUAUGGACACUGAUAUAAAUUAGUAGAUUUAUUGCUCUUCAAAUCCUUCAAAAUAAUGUUGUUACAUAGAUUCAAAUGGGUAACUAGGAGGUCAACCUUCUUGCAAAUUCAUAAAAGAACCGUAUUUAUUUUAUAUUUUUAUUGUUUUAGUUCUGAGUUAUGCUUUGCUGCUGAAGGAACAAACUUCAUUAAUUUCGAUAUGA